UUAGGCUCUUCGUCGUGGAGCAGCAACGAUGGCGAGUGCAGCCAAACAAGCGCCGAAAAUUGUUUCCAAAACGUCUGCGGGAGGCGCCGGGGCGGCGGGGGUUGGCGGUGGGCCCCCGAUAAUGCCCCUUGCCUCCCCACUCAUGGGGAAGAAGAAGAAGCCGUUUCUGGGGAUGCCCGCUCCGCUCGGCUACGUCCCGGGUCUGGGCAGAGGUGCAACUGGUUUCACUACCCGAUCUGAUAUCGGUCCUGCCCGUGAUGCCAAUGAUCCAGUGGAUGACCGACAUGCACCUCCAGGGAAAAGGACAGUUGGGGACCAGAUGAAAAAGAACCAGGAUGAUGAUGAUGAAGAUCUGAACGACACCAACUAUGAUGAGUUUAACGGAUAUGCUGGCAGCUUGUUCUCCAGUGGGCCCUAUGAGAAGGAUGAUGAAGAGGCAGAUGCUAUAUAUGCAGCACUGGAUAAGAGGAUGGAUGAAAGACGCAAGGAACGAAGGGAAUUGAGAGAAAAGGAAGAAAUUGAAAAAUAUCGUAUGGAAAGACCCAAAAUUCAGCAGCAGUUCUCGGAUCUAAAGAGAAAAUUGGCAGAGGUGUCAGAAGAGGAGUGGCUGAGCAUCCCUGAGGUGGGAGAUGCCAGGAAUAAGCGCCAGAGAAAUCCACGCUACGAGAAACUCACUCCUGUUCCAGACAGCUUCUUCUCCAAACACUUGCAGACUGGAGAAAACCACACCUCUGUUGAUCCUCUGCAAGGGCUGGGAGGUCUGAACACACCUUACCCAGGUAGCAUGACCCCAGGCCUGAUGACACCAGGGACGGGAGAGCUGGACAUGAGGAAAAUCGGCCAGGCCAGGAACACGCUGAUGGAUAUGAGGCUCAGUCAGGUGUCUGACUCUGUGAGUGGACAGACAGUGGUGGACCCCAAGGGUUACCUGACAGAUCUCAACUCAAUGAUCCCAACACAUGGAGGAGAUAUCAGUGACAUUAAGAAGGCUCGUCUGCUACUGAAAUCAGUGAGGGAGACCAAUCCUCAUCACCCACCUGCCUGGAUUGCUUCUGCCAGGCUGGAGGAGGUGACAGGAAAACUUCAGGUGGCCAGAAACCUGAUCAUGAAAGGCACAGAGAUGUGUGCUAAGAGUGAGGAUGUGUGGUUGGAGGCAGCCAGGCUCCAGCCCGGUGACACGGCUAAAGCAGUUGUAGCCCAGGCCGUUCGCCACCUGCCACAGUCUGUGCGCAUCUACAUCAGAGCUGCAGAGCUGGAGACGGACAUCAGGGCCAAGAAACGUGUCCUCAGGAAGGCCCUGGAGAAUGUUUCCAAAUCAGUCAGACUGUGGAAGACAGCUGUGGAGCUGGAGGAGCCAGAAGAUGCCAGGAUCAUGCUGAGCAGAGCUGUGGAGUGUUGCCCUACCAGCGUGGAGCUAUGGCUGGCUCUGGCCCGUUUAGAGACAUACGAGAAUGCCCGCCGAGUCCUGAACAAAGCUCGAGAGAACAUCCCCACAGACCGCCAUAUCUGGAUCACGGCCGCCAAGUUGGAGGAGGCAAACGGCAACACUCAGAUGGUGGAUAAGAUCAUUGACAGAGCCAUCACUUCUCUGCGUGCCAAUGGUGUAGAGAUCAACAGAGAGCAGUGGAUACAGGAUGCAGAGGAGUGUGACAAAGCGGGUAGUGUUGCUACCUGUCAGGCUGUGAUAAGGGCCGUCAUAGGAAUUGGAAUUGAAGAGGAGGACCGCAAACACACCUGGAUGGAGGAUGCCGAUAGUUGUGUGGCCCAUGGAGCGUUGGAGUGUGCCAGAGCUAUUUACGCCCAUGCUCUGCAGGUGUUUCCAAGCAAGAAAAGUGUCUGGCUUCGAGCUGCCUACUUUGAGAAAAAUCAUGGCACUAGGGAGUCUUUGGAGGCCCUGCUCCAGAGAGCCGUGGCUCACUGUCCCAAAGCAGAGGUCCUGUGGCUGAUGGGGGCCAAGUCCAAAUGGCUGGCUGAGGAUGUGCCUGCAGCAAGAAGUAUUCUUGCUUUGGCCUUCCAGGCCAACCCAAACAGUGAAGAGAUCUGGUUGGCUGCUGUCAAGCUGGAGUCUGAGAACAAUGAGUACGAGAGAGCCCGUCGACUGCUAGCCAAAGCCCGUAGUAGUGCUCCAACAGCCAGGGUGUUUAUGAAGUCAGUGAAGCUGGAGUGGGUGUUGGGAAACAUAGAAGCUGCACAGGAGUUGUGCACAGAAGCCCUGAAACACUACGAGGACUUCCCCAAACUGUGGAUGAUGAGAGGCCAGAUAGAAGAGCAAUGUGAAAACAUGGACAAGGCCAGAGAGGCCUACAACCAAGGGUUGAAAAAGUGUCCCCACUCGGUGCCUCUGUGGUUGCUGCUGUCUCGUCUGGAGGAGAGAGUGGGACAGCUGACCAGAGCCAGAGCGAUCCUGGAGAAAGCAAGACUGAAGAACCCCCAGUCCCCUGAACUAUGGUUGGAGUCGGUCCGACUGGAGUUCAGGGCUGGUCUGAAGAACAUAUCCAACACAUUGAUGGCCAAAGCUCUUCAGGAGUGUCCCAAUUCAGGUAUCCUGUGGGCAGAGGCAGUGUUUUUGGAGGCCAGGCCCCAGAGGAAGACUAAAAGCGUGGAUGCUUUGAAGAAGUGUGAACAUGAUCCUCAUGUGUUGCUCGCUGUUGCCAAGUUGUUUUGGAGCGAGCGUAAAAUCACCAAAGCGAGAGAGUGGUUCCUCAGAACAGUCAAAAUUGAGCCAGACCUUGGUGAUGCCUGGGCUCUCUUCUACAAGUUUGAGCUGCAGCAUGGUACAGAGGAACAGCAGGAAGAGGUGCGCAAGCGGUGUGAGAAUGCUGAACCUCGCCAUGGGGAGCUGUGGUGUGCCGAGUCCAAACACGUCUUGAACUGGCAGAAGAAGACAGGAGAGAUCUUAGCGGGGGUAGCCAGCAAGAUUAAGAACACCUUUUAAGACUUUGGAAGUUUGGUUCGAAAUUGCUGGAGAGUUCUGGCAAGUCACCAGCCAUGGAUUAUGCUCUGCUGUUCAUGAACAGUGGGCCAGCCGUGGCAGAUACAAACUUCUUUCUCUUGUUUUAUGUAUGAACGGUCUAUAAUUUUUGUACAUAACAACAGAAAAGGAUGUCAUGUUGAAGUGAAAACAAAUCUUUACAAAUUAAUAGUUUAGUACAAAUAUCAAACCGUGAAUUACCAUUGCUGUUAUAAUGCACUGUUUUUUGUUUUGUUGAUCAGAAAGCCCUCAGAUGGAUUGAGGUCCGAGCUUUGAUUCAGACUAGAAAUUCAUAUUGAUGUAUUUUGCCAGAGAUAAACUUGCUGUUUCACCUUC